GCCAGUCGCCACUGAACAGCACCAGCAGCUGUGUUUUUCUGGUUUCUGUACAAUAAAUAAUAAUGUACUAGGUACCUACAAACUCUACAAUAUUAUUAUGCUGCAUAGUUGUUACAAUGUAUUUUUCUACAAUUACCUACGUGCCAAAUCGUAAAUCCUAACGCCUAAUGCAUAGUCAAAACGUAAUGUAUUCGAAAAGGUUAAAAACCAUUUUAUUUUUUUAACAAAAAAUUAUACCUGCAGUUAUACCUACUAAAAUAAUAUGAUAAGCAAAACACGUAAUAUAUAUUUCAUUGGUUCUUCUACAUCAGUUUAGACUUCUAGUCGUUUUGGCAAUGCUGGUUAAACUUAUUCGUGGACUGUACUAUAAUGUCGAUCACAGAAGAACAUAAUAUACAGGUCGAUGAAAAUGGUGUAAACUCAAAUAAUAUGCAGAAAGACUUUCGUCAAAUUUUUAGUACCACUCAUGCCUGUCGAAUUUCAAAUUGCACUAUUCGAUUUCAAACCUAUCUCAUUAUUUUCGUCCUACUCGGUGGCAUUAUUUUCUUGGUGACUCUUUACAAUAUUGGAUAUUCGGCUUCAAGAUUUGUCAGUAAUGGUUUUGGUCAGCCAACUGAGCAUUUUGUGUUGAACGAACAACCCAAGUAUCCGUUAACACAACCUAUAUUUGUUGUCAACGUCGGCAUAAAAUAUCGUAUAGGCAUAAUUAGUGAUCUGGACAAAGCUUCUAUUAGCCCCGAUGAGAAAAAUACGUGGUAUAGUUUUUAUAAAAAAGGAUAUGUCACGUGGUACGCAAACAACAGCACGAUUGACGUUGUUUGGGAUAAUGAGGAACCUGCUGUUUUAAAAUCGUCGUUGUCAAUGGGAGGUCGAGGAAUGGAACUCUCGGAACUAGUCACAUUCAAUAACAAAAUAUAUACAUUCGAUGAUCGAACUGGAAUAGUUUAUACCAUUGGCGAGGAUGAUUCAAUUCUACCUUGGGUAAUUCUCAUGGAUGGAAAUGGAAAUAUUUUUAAAGGAUUUAAAAGCGAAUGGGCAACUGUACACAAUUCGGAUUUAUAUGUUGGCAGUAUGGGCAGAGAGUGGUUGUCAUCAGACGGUGAAUACCUCAACGAUAACCCAAUGUGGAUAAAAAUUAUUGAUAAGUUUGGACAAGUGACUCAUGUUAACUGGACUGAAAAUUACGUUGCACUAAGAACAGCAGUUGAUAUAUAUUACCCGGGAUACAUGAUACACGAGUCGUGUGUGUGGAGUGAAGUGCAUAACAGAUGGUUUUUUCUGCCGAGAAGGAGUUCUAUACACCGAUAUAACGACAAGACUGAUGAGCACAUGGCCACCAAUUUAUUGUUGUCGGCAAACGAUAAAUUUAAUGAUAUUAAGGUAGUUACCAUUGGCGAACGAGUUCCCACUCAUGGGUUUUCCAGUUUCAAAUUCUUACCCGGAACCAAUGAUAGAAUAAUUGUAGCGAUUAAAUCGGAAGAGGUCGGUUCUAUAACUGCCACCUACAUGACGGCCUUCAAUAUUGACGGCACAAUUAUACUGCCAGAAAUAAAAGUAGCUAAUUUUAAAUACGAAGGUAUUGAGUUCAUAUGACGCAUAUUUAAAAUUUUAUUUAUUAAUAUUUUUUUUUUUUUUGUGUUGUGAUUUUUU